UACACUCUCUCUCACACAGACACACACAUACACACAAACACACAGCUGCUUACAGAAGGGCUACACAGGCAACACAGUUUCUCGGGUAAAAUUGUACAUUGGUAUCUGUCAGCCCAUGUAGAGGCUGGGUAGGAUCCUGUGAGCUCUCCCCUCAUGGACAACAAGACAGAUGUGAGGGCCAUAAUGGCUCGCUUCAACACAGGGACGUCCCCCGGUGACAGUGACGGUAAACCAGCGCCUGGGAGUCGGCCAAAAGUCCCCGUGCACCCCACGGUAUCGUCGGGGCCCCCCAUCAAUGCUAAGAAACCGGUGCUGGAGGGCAGCCUGUCGGGCAGUGCGGCUUCCUCCACCACGGUGCCCAAGCCCAACUUCCUGAAAAGCACGGCGUCCACCAGCAGCGCCCCGGAGAUGCGCGAGUCGCCCAGGCCCAAAGCACUGGCCAGCCGCUUUGAGGCGCCCCAGGAGAACACCAGUGCCAAGCCGAGCUUCGUCAAACAGUUUCCUCCCAGGCCCAAGCCUGGCGACGGCUUCCAGGACAGUGAGCCAAAGAGCCCCUUCCACAAGCAGCCUCUGCAGAAGCCGCCACUGGGUAUAGCAGCAACAACAAUGGUGGCUGACCACAAGCCGCCGACGCCGAAGCCUCCCCCUGCAGUCACUAAGCCACCAUGGCUCAAAGACACCCUCAAGUCCGAGGACAGCGGCGCCACCCCGAGCCCACCAAAACUACUCCUCACACAAAAGCCCAAGAGCAGCCUCAAUCAGUUCCGGCAGCAAUCAGAGGGCUCUGGACCGCCAAAGCCCUUGGGAGUGCGCGCUGCUCAGAACAUGUUCAACAGGGGGGAAGCCAAGGUGGAGGAUGGGGGGAUUGGUGAAUCAGCAGUCGGUUCCAAACCCAAACCCCCUCUCACCAUCCAGAAACCAGCCCUCACCAAGAAGCCGAGUGGCCCUGGGGGGCUGCUAGUCAGCGAUGAUCCCUCAGCCCCCAAAAGGAACCCUUUGCCCAAUAUUUUCGCCCUAGGGAGUGCCCCGGCUAAACCCAACAGACCCCCAAAUGUCAACCUGGACAAGUUCAGUAACGGCAUGGCAGUGCCCAUGGCGGAGGAAAUCCGCCCUCCGGCUCCUGUGCUCAAGAAAAGCGGCCCCCCUCCUCCACCGGCUGCCCACCCCAGCAGCCAGGCCACCUCCUCUGGGCCAACACCCCCUGCCCUUCCCCCCUGUCUGCCCCCAAGACCUCCAGGAGCCAUAACACAGCCUGGGUCAGAUGACAACUAUGAUGAUCUUGGGUCCAUGAAUCCCCCACCACUCCCAGCUGGAGGACACCCGGGUCAAAGACAUGAGGACAGUGAAAGUGAGGAGGAGAUGUAUGAGGAUCUUGAUGACAAAUGGGUGCAAAUGGAAAAGGAACAAGAAAAGAAGAAAGAGAAGGAGGAUAAGAAACGAAUUGAACAAGAAAAGAAAGAACAGAAAGAGCGUGAACGAAAAGAAAGCGAUGCUAGGAAGAAAUUCAAGCUGACAGGUCCGGUGCAAAUCAUCCAUAAAGCCAAAGCAAGAGUAGACUGCAAAGGUGGAAAGACUGAGCUCACCUUGAAGCAGGGAGAAUCCAUCGACAUCAUCCGCAUUGGGGACAAUCCUGAAGGCCGUUGGCUUGCCAGGAGUCAAGAUGGCUCCUAUGGCUAUGUGAGAACAGAUUCAGUGGACAUUGACUUCCAGAGUUUAAAACAAAUUCCUGGUCAAAUGAUUGAUGAUGAUCCAGAGGUGUAUGAUGACAUUGGCGCACAGCAUGACACUGGCAGUGGAAUCAAUGGUCAAGGAGUCAUCUUACCACCUCCACCUGGAGAAGAUGGGGAAAUAUAUGACGAUUUGGAUGAUCCCAGUUUUAUUAGCCCUGAUCCACAGGACGUCAAGUCCCCUCCCAAGCGCGGUUUCCUUCAGAUGUUCUUCAGAGCCCCAGGCCAUAAUACUGAUGUGCCGCCUCCUCCACAGUUUACCCCAGAUGUCAACGCCGACGAGGAGAUUUAUGAUGAUGUGGACUCACAAGGCUUCCCUCCCCCUCCUCCCAUCAGCAGUUUGCCUAAAUUUAAGCCGAAGAAUGAAGACAAGGAUCCCAAGAAGCAGAAGAAAUUAGAAAAGGAGGAAAAGGAUUUCAGGAAGAAGUUCAAAUUUGAGGGUGAUAUCAACACUCUCUACCAAGUGAGCAUCCUCCCCUCCCUGUCUUGCAAAAAGUGGGGAGGCAAGGACUUGCCUUUAACACCUGGAGAAACCCUGGAUGUCAUCAUAAAAGCUCAGGACAAUAAACUUGUUUGUAGGAACUCAGAGGGCAAGUUUGGAUACGUUUCAGUCAGCCAUAUUGUUGUAGAAGAUGCUGAUAUUUAUGAUGACAUUGGGGAUGAGUGUAUCUAUGACAAUGACUAAUGGACACCAUGUUGUGCCAGAGUGCAUGCAUCCACUCAAGAGUUCAGCUAUGUUUUUUUUUUUUUUACUAUUUGCGCUGUGCUUAUUUAUUGGUUGUGUCUAACAAAAUAAUUGUUUGUCAUUUUGUAUCAUUUGUCCAAUGAGGGUCACAGUGAAGGGUCGAUGUACUGUAUUUUUAAAUAACAUAUUUUUUCUUGUUCAUUCUGUGGUUUGGGACAGGCCUACUUAGCUUAUUUUUCUAUGACAAGGCUACCUGUAAAAUGUAGGCUAUAGUGAAUUCAUGUUGUGUCAGUGGUCUAAAUGAGGGUUUUACUAUUUGAAGACCUGCACCUUUUGAUGAAAUCAAACCAUUUAUUUGCAUGUAAAAAAUCGACAUUGGCAUAGGCAUUAUACAUUACAAAUGUAAUUAUUACACACCAUAGGCCUACUCUUUAAAUGCCUUUCUUCACAGAGUUGGCCCUGACGUUUGCUAUGUGUAGCCUAAGCAACUACUGAACAGGGCAUCUUUUGCAAACAGUAUUUGCAUUUGCCUUCUCUUGUAUUAACUUGUACAAUGUCGUUUUAAAGAUUAAAUAAAAUAAACUGUCUUUAAUUGA